GUAUAAUAUUUUUUAUCAUGGAAUUUUUACUAUCAACAAGGAUCUGAAUUGUUAAGCAAGUUUAAUGCUUGCUUUUGAAAUUUAUUAUCGAACCUUCUGCAACACCCUGUUUUGAGCCAAUGGUUACGUAUUGGUGCUUUUCCCCAGAACAAUUAGGCAUCCUUUUUAGUCUUAUUAGGCGAAACGGCUAGCACAUGAGGUGUUUCAUGUAUAUUAUUAUUAUAUUUACCGUUUUGAGCUGGUUAGAUUUGAAGAUAGUAUAGAUUUGAUAAAGUUAUCUUUGGUGUUUCUUUUUGUGAACUUGAAGUAGUUUGUUUUGUUCAUUCUACUGAGUAGACUCCGAUGCUAGCAACAAAACAGAUUUACUUUGAAUAAAAAAUUUGACGUGAGAUAGACUAGCAUAAGGAGAUCUUCGUUGUGACAAUACAGAGCACAACUGAAAACAUUGGUGAAGAAUUGUAUUACUAAAGAAGGAUGAGGGGAAGAUCUGAUGGAAGCCAAAAGAAGCGAUUAGUCGCCUCUCUCUGUGUUGUGGCAAUCUUUCUUUGUUUUCUGUAUGUAUAUUAUGGAUCUUCAAGCCGUGGUGCUGCAGCUCUGGAAUAUGGUAGCAGAUCUUUGAGAAAACUGGGAUCAUCUUAUUUGGGUGGAGAUGAUGACACUGAUGACAAUCAAUAUGAAUCUUCAAUAAAAUUUGGACAGGACGUAGGAGCUCUAAAAACUUUCCCUGUUUGUGACGAUCGUCAUUCAGAAUUAAUUCCCUGCUUAGACAGGCAUUUGAUAUACCAAAUGAGAUUGAAACUGGACUUGUCUGUGAUGGAGCACUAUGAACGUCACUGCCCUCCUCCUGAAAGGAGAUACAAUUGCUUGAUUCCUCCUCCUCCAGGAUACAAGAUCCCAAUUAAGUGGCCUCAAAGCAGAGAUGAAGUAUGGAAGGAAAAUAUUCCCCAUACACACCUUGCACAUGAGAAGUCUGACCAGAACUGGAUGGUUGUAAAAGGUGAAAAGAUUGAAUUUCCAGGGGGAGGAACCCAUUUUCACUACGGAGCUGACAAAUAUAUUGCUUCAAUUGCAAAUAUGCUCAACUUUUCGCACAACAAUUUAAAUAAUGAAGGAAGGAUACGAACAGUUCUUGAUGUUGGUUGUGGUGUCGCAAGUUUUGGAGCAUAUCUUCUUUCUUCUGAUAUUAUAGCUAUGUCAUUAGCACCCAAUGAUGUGCAUCAAAACCAAAUCCAAUUUGCCCUGGAAAGAGGAAUUCCCGCAUAUCUUGGUGUUCUAGGGACCAAAAGACUCCCUUACCCAAGCAGAUCAUUCGAAUUUGCUCACUGUUCUCGCUGUAGGAUUGAUUGGCUUCAAAGGCAUGGGAUUCUUCUUCUUGAGCUAGACCGGUUACUUAGACCAGGAGGCUAUUUUGCCUAUUCAUCUCCAGAAGCCUAUGCCCAAGACGAAGAGGAUCUUCGCAUAUGGAGAGAGAUGAGUGCCCUUGUGGGACGAAUGUGUUGGCGAAUAGCUGCCAAGAGGAACCAAACUGUCAUUUGGCAAAAACCUCUAACAAAUGAUUGUUAUAUGGAAAGAGAACCUGGUACAAAACCUCCUCUCUGCCGCUCUGAUGUUGAUCCAGAUGCAGUUUGGGGUGUGCCAAUGGAAGCUUGUAUCACUCCUUAUUCUGACCAUGACCAAAAGGCCAAGGGGAGUGGAUUGGCUCCUUGGCCAGCCAGAUUGACAUCUCCUCCUCCCAGGCUUGCUGAUUUUGGUUAUUCAAGUGAAAUGUUUGAAAAAGACACGGAAAUUUGGCGUCAUCGGGUUGAGAGCUAUUGGGAUCUCUUGAGUCCAAAGGUUGAGGCUAACACACUGAGAAAUUUGAUGGACAUGAAUGCAAACUUGGGGUCAUUUGCAGCUGCUCUUAGAAGUAAGAAUGUUUGGGUGAUGAAUGUCGUCCCCGAGGAUGGACCAAACACACUUAAAGUGAUAUAUGACAGAGGCCUGAUCGGCACUACUCAUAACUGGUGUGAAGCCUUUUCCACAUAUCCUCGAACCUAUGAUUUACUCCAUGCUUGGACCGUCUUUUCUGAUAUCGAGAGGAAAGGCUGCAGUGGUGAAGAUUUGUUACUCGAGAUGGACCGCAUUCUCCGUCCCACUGGUUUUGUAAUCAUCCGGGACAAACAACCGGUGAUAGAUUUCAUUAAGAAGUAUUUAUCAGCUCUGCAUUGGGAAGCAACGGGCUCGGAUUCAGAUAAUGAAGGGGAUGUCGUGUUUAUCGUCCAAAAGAAAUUGUGGCUGACAAGUGAAAGCCUUAGGAAUUCUGAAUAGAAUUAUUGCAGCCAUUAUAGUUCCCCCCAUUUCCUUCUGCAGCUCCAAAGAGAUUAAGAAGGUCAGCCACUACUAAAAUGCAGUAAACAGCUUCAUUUUGUAGCAGUAAACGAUGGGUUCGCAUUAUUAUUCUUUUACUCUUUUCUUGUUAUCAAUUUACUCGACAAGCCAUAAAUUGGUCAUUGUGAUCUAUAGGCUAUUAUUCAAUUCCCCCC